AUGGUCUUCAAUAGAAAACUACAGAUUUGUGAUACUCCCGAAUCGGUGGAAUGUAAUGCCAGGCCAAGUGUUUUAAAAGCCAACCGGGAAACUAAUCCAUGUCUCAAUCAAACACAAGGAGUCUCUUUUCCAAGUGAGAUUGAUUGCAAUCAAUACAUUUUAUGUUUGGGUAACGAUCUAUCUUAUAUUGCCAAUUGUCCCGUGGGAUCGUGGUACGAUCCGAAGAAUGGAAAUUGUGGACCAAACGUUUCGCCAACAGCAUGCCUUGAAUCCCAAACAACCAGUACCACUUCCACAACAACACUCAGUCCAAACGAACUUUGUGUUGAUGAAGAAAUUGGAGUGUCAUAUCCAUAUCCACCCGAUUGUCAAAAAUAUGUAGUGUGCUUGGGUAAUGACCAAGGAGCUAUAGUUAAUUGCAUUUACAACACCUGGUUUGAUCCUCUAACUAGCAACUGUGGACCAAAUGUAUCGCCAACAGCAUGUACCGAGGAUAUUAACACAGCAACAUCGCCCACAAGCACAACCGAGCAGACAAGUACUUUAAGUCCUAGCACAGUGCAGUCUACUACUACAACUACGACCACCACAGAGUUGCCGCUUCCUGAAGAUAUUUGUGGUGGAUUGAAAAAUGGGGAAUAUGUGUCCUAUCCCGACAACUGCAGCAAAUAUGUUGUGUGUGUGGAGCCAAUUCCCUAUGCAUUUUACUGCACUCCCGGCUACUACUUCAGCGAGAAUCUUCAGCAAUGCGUGGAUUGGGAGCUAAGUGACUGCCCAGCAACGCAGACGCCGGAAUAUACAACGCCAGGCUCUACUACACCUUCGAUCUGCGAAAACAGCAAUGGAGGCACCUUACCAUAUCCAGAUAACUGUGCUUGGUUCAUACAAUGCAUCAAUGAUAAUGUCUACAUGAUGGGCGUCUGCAAUAGCGCAGAGUAUUACGAUCCAGCAACUGGUAAUUGUAGUGCCAGUGCAUCGCCAGAUGCCUGUCGUGAAUAUAACUCAACAACAACGUUAACAACACCGACCACAGUUCCACCAACAACAACAACCGAAACACAAACCACAGUUUCGCCAACGACUAUUAGCCAAGCACCAACCACAGAUACGCCAACAACAAUUACCGAAUCCACAACUCCGACAACAACCAUAACAACUACUUUAUCAACAACAACAUCCACCACAAUUCCUACUACAACUUCUACUACAACAACAACCACAUCUGCUCCAAUCGAUCCCUGCGCGGAUGUUCCUGUGGGAAAACUAGUGCCUUAUCCGUAUGACUGUACCAAAUUCGUCAGAUGCGAUUACCCUAACCCAGUGAUACUCGAUUGUGUCGUGGGUCAAGAGUUCAGCGCCCAACUUGAACGCUGCAUGGCUCCUUGGAUUGCCAACUGCACAGCUAUUGAACCAUAA